AUGCUCGAAUUUGCCGCUGUUGAGCUCGAAAUCGAGGGUUUCUACGAAACUUCGAGCUACUCCACGUACCUGCGGCCGCCGGAGGGAGUCCGUAUUUCGCGACGGACGGUGGAGAUCAACGGGAUCACGAGCGACACGGUGCGCAACGCGCCGAGCUUUGGCGAAGUGGCGGAUAGGAUUUACGAGCUCAUGGACGGCAAGGUGUGGGCGGGCCACAACAUCAGCCGGUUUGACAACGCGCGCAUCCGAGAGGCCUUCAGCAGCCUGGGCCGAGCGCCGCCUGUGCCGGCUGGCGUGGUGGACACGUACGACCUGCUGAGGAGAGAGUUCGGCACGCGAGCUGGCAACAUGAAGAUGGCAUCGCUGGGAGCCUACUGCGGCCUGGGCAUGCAAGUGCACAGGGCGAUGGAGGACGUGAGGAUGAACAUUGACGUCUUCAAGCAGUGCUCCGCCAUGCUCAUGCUGGAAAUGUGUCACCCUACUCUCUUCCACGCGCCCUCUACCCCGCCUCGCAGCAAGACACCCCCACGACACACCGCCACCGCUGAUGCGACUGCAGCUGUGAAGGCAGCAGCUGCUUCAGCAGCCAACGCAAAUCUGGUUGCUGGUGCCAGCCAAGCCAAGUCGGAGGAGGGAGAUGCUGAGGGGGAACUUGAGGAUGGGGAGGUGGUGGGGGAGGAGGAGGAAGAGGAGGAAGAGGAGAAAGAGGAGGAAGAGGAGAAAGAGGAGGAAGAGGAGGAAGAGGAGGAAUGGGAGGAAUGGGAGGAAUGUGAUUAUAAGGAAGCAAGAUUCCACAAGAAAGACAAGCACACAGAGAGCAUUCCUUUAAGCAAGGGAGAGGGCAAAGAGGACGGCGAGGCACAGGGGGAGGGGGGGAGGGAGGAGCAGCCGGGGGAAAGGCAGGCAGGUGUCGAGUGCGUGGUGUGUCCGCAGUGGUGGCAGCAGCAGCAGGAGCAGCACGCCAAGGAGGGCGGCCCCUGGGCCAUCACUUGCGCUCACUUCGACCCCUUCUGGCUGCAGGCACUGUGCGUGCCUGCUGCUGCUGCUGGUAGUGGUGCUGCAGGCGGCAAUGCAGGGAACGGCAGCUGCAGAGGCAGCAGGGGCAGCGGGUGGGGAGGGGGCAGGCGGUACAGCUUGAGGGGAGGGAUUGCUCGGGUGUACCCGAAUGGCUUCACGCCACAGCCACCAUCUGAUGCUCAUGAUGCCGGUGCUGCAGUGGAGGGUACGCCGGCGCGUGUGCUGCUGUUGUACAAUGGGCGGUCACUGCACCCCCCGAGAGAGAGAGAGAGGCGGUCCGACACCCACUUCUCUCUCUUUCCUCCCCUCUCCCCCGCUAGUGUGUCGGACCAUUUUGCCUUUGAGGCUUUGACGAGGCAACAGGCUGGCCGUCCUUCACCCCUCUCGCCCUCUCCCCCUGUCUCUUCCGUCCUCCUUACCAGUGUGUCGGACCGCUUUGCCUUUGAUGAGGCAUCAGGGCGCCCGUCCUUCUCUUUGCUCCUCGCCGUCUCGCCCGCCGCUGCUGCCGCCAUCACUGCUUGCUUCGACGCACUGCUGGCAUGCGUGGGGAGUGGCAGCAGCAGUGGGGGGGAUUGCAAGGAGGCAGCAGCAGCAGGGGUAAAGGGCGCGGAAGAAGAGGAGAGGCGUGGUGGGUGCAGGGAGGAGGUGCGGUCGCCCUUUGUGGCGGCAUGGGAGGACGAGGAUGGCACGAGAGUGAUCCGAGUCAAGCUGGCAGCUGAUGGCGUGAGGGGGAAUGCUGAGUGGCGCACCAAGUUCUUCUCCUGUGCUGCACCGCACACAACCGCUCUCAACCCAGCCAAUGUCAGCACCGGCUCUCCCACAUGCGCCACCAGCAACGACAGCAAGCAGCAGUCACCCGCAUCGCAGCAGCUUCACCCUGUGGACCCGCAGCAGCUGCACCUGCCCGUUGACCCACACAUGGUGGCCGCGGCUCUACCAGCAGGGGCGGUGGUGGACGUGGCCUUCCUCGUCGACUCCUACUGUGUCAAUGGCACCAGGGGGCUGCGCUUCGUGGCAGAUGUGAUCGUAGUGAGGGGGUGA